GGCUCCUAGAGCCCCGCUGCCGCCCGGAACCCUCGGGCAGCCUGUGCCCGCUCCACCGGCCGCGCUGCCCCGGGAGGGGGGAAGCCCCCGAGCCCAUGCGGACGGCGGGGCGCCCCGCUCAGGGGGGGCUGCGGGAGAGGCUCGGCCGCGGCGCCCGGGGCGACUGACGCUCUCGGAGGGGCAGGCUCCCCUUCCCCCCCCACUCCUCGCUCUAAAAGCCGCCCGGCUCGCUCAGUCUCUGUCUCCAACUCCGAACCCUCGCCGGCGCCUAUGGGCAUGAAACACUCCUCCCGCUGCCUGCUCCUGCGGAGGAAGAUGGCGGAGAACGCGGCCGACAGCGCCGAGGUGAGCAGCCCCCCUGUGCAGCCCCCUCAGCCCGUCGUGCCCACCAAGCCUGUGCAGUGUGUCCACCACGUGUCCACCCAGCCCAGCUGCCCAGGCCGGGGCAAGCUGUCCAAGCUGCUGAACCCAGAGGAGAUGACCUCGCGAGACUAUUACUUCGACUCCUAUGCCCACUUUGGGAUCCAUGAGGAGAUGCUGAAGGAUGAGGUGCGGACGCUCACCUACCGGAACUCCAUGUAUCACAACAAGCAUGUGUUCAAGGACAAGGUGGUGCUGGACGUGGGCAGUGGGACCGGCAUCCUGUCCAUGUUUGCCGCCAAAGCCGGGGCCAAGAAGGUGUUUGGGAUCGAAUGCUCCAGUAUUUCUGACUAUUCAGAGAAGAUCGUUAAGGCCAACCACUUGGACAACAUCAUCACCAUCUUUAAGGGCAAAGUGGAGGAGGUGGAGCUGCCUGUGGAGAAGGUGGACAUCAUCAUCAGUGAGUGGAUGGGCUACUGCCUGUUUUACGAGUCCAUGCUCAACACUGUCAUCUUUGCCAGGGACAAAUGGCUGAAACCUGGAGGGCUUAUGUUUCCAGACCGGGCAGCGUUGUACGUGGUAGCGAUUGAGGACAGGCAGUACAAGGACUUCAAAAUCCACUGGUGGGAGAACGUCUAUGGCUUUGACAUGACCUGCAUCCGGGACGUGGCGAUGAAGGAGCCCCUGGUGGACAUCGUGGACCCAAAGCAAGUGGUGACCAAUGCCUGCCUCAUCAAGGAGGUGGACAUCUACACAGUGAAGACGGAGGAGCUGUCCUUCAGCUCUGCCUUCUGCCUGCAGAUCCAGCGCAAUGACUAUGUGCAUGCCCUGGUCACCUACUUCAACAUCGAGUUCACCAAGUGCCACAAGAAGAUGGGCUUCUCCACAGCCCCCGACGCCCCCUACACCCACUGGAAGCAGACUGUCUUCUACCUGGAGGACUACCUCACAGUGCGCAGGGGGGAGGAGAUCUACGGCACCAUCUCCAUGAAGCCAAAUGCCAAAAAUGUGCGAGACCUCGACUUCACGGUAGACUUGGAUUUUAAGGGCCAGCUUUGUGAAACAUCGAUAUCUAACGACUACAAGAUGCGUUAGCCCACGGGCCAGUGGGCGGCAGAGCAGCCAGGAGGGAGAGACCCUCCGCCCCACCUGCGGCGCCGUCCCGGGAACCCUGUUUGCAGGACUGUACCCUCAGACACCGGAGCUUCAGACUCUGCCUUGGAGCUCAGGGGGCUCUCUGGGGCUCCUGGGGGUGCCCAGCCACCAGCCUGAGAGCCCUGGCCCCUCAGCUGUGCUCUGAGAGCCCUUUGCAGGCAGGGAGUGCCCUUGAGGGCCUGGACAGAUGGCAGAUGGCACACCCCCACGGUCCUCGUCACCGUGACUCUGGAUGCUGAGUGUUGCAUGCCGCAGGCAUCUAGGACAGAGCGCCCCCUAGAACCUGGGGCUGACGCGGUGUAGGCCUUGGCCUGAGUCAUCAGAUGGCCACAGUGUCACAGCCUCUGACACAGCGAGGGGUGUGCUUCUGUCCCUGUGGGGAGUGUGUGUGUGUGUGUGUGUGUGUGUGUGCGUGUGCGUGUGCGUGUGCGUGUGCGUGUGUGUGUGUGUAGAAUCUAUGUAUCACUCUCAGAAGAGAUCCUGUUACUUUGAGUAGGGACUUGUUCUGUGAUUAGCUCUCCUAUCCCCUGGCCCUUCCCAGAUGUUAAGCAGCUAAGAAAACGUUCUGUGUACUGAGCUGGCAGAGCACCCCACGCCCCGUGGGGACCCAAUAAAUGCACCUGAGAGAGAGUGA